UUUGCACAAAGCAUGAGAUAAUAUCUGCCACGCGACCGUGGACUCGCGCUUUGAUUGAUCACUGUUCCCUUGUGUGUUCAUACCAUGUUCAUCUUAACCUCCAUGUCCGUCAAUAUCCUUCCGACAACAGCCUAGAGGAAAGAAAGGAUAGUUACACUGGAGACUGGGGGACGGCCGCGGAAUAACAGGGUGGGUUUUCCUCUUAAAUCCUCCGCCCACUCAAAUUAACUAUCAUGGACGGGAGGGGCUUUGACGCCAGAUUGCCCAUCGGCGCGACAAGCAUUGCUACCAGGAGCUUGUCGCUUCUCGACCACAUCAAUCCCGCCUUGCUCGAAAGUUGUGGAUUCUAGACAAGGCCGGUUGAGUUGUCAACUUCGCAGUCGCCGAAGCGCCCCCAAAUAGUGUAGAGAGCUUGCUGAUAGGACUCCGAAAGACGGAGCACGGGAGUGUCCAUCGCACGUACAGAGUACUCCGUAUGUAUCAUAAUUAUUAUGCCCUCCGUACUUUGUAACUGUGGAGAACAUUUGCAGUUACUCCAGAGCCCAGAGAAAGUCGCUCAGCCAUACGGAGUACAUAUACAGAGUUCAACCCCGUACUUAUGAUCGAUCCGUCCCCAAAAUCCCUCUCAAUUAACUCGCGGGCCCGUGCUUUAAAAUUGCUUUUGCAACUUUGAAGUGAAAGUUUUCUAGGGGCAUUUGGAUGUUGACGGGCGCCGUUGCAAGGACACAAACCCCUUUGGUAAUGUCGUUCCUGAGGAAGUUAUCCUACAAAUGUAAACAAAGUCAUCUCGAGGAAUAUCAUGUAUUCGAGAAAGGGCACGGAGAAUCCGGGAGCCGUCGAUCACUUUCAUUCAUGGUUCUUCAUCAAAAGCAAACAUGGCCACUUUCCCGCCGCUGACUUGAAACAAGCCAGUUUGCAAGGCCUUCCUGUCAAUGAGCAAUGCUUGGCAAAGCGGACGACGCGCGUUUCUUCGUGCCGCCCAUUUCCCUGUGCUGUCUUAGCGCCGAAUCCGGUGUGGAUUGGGAAUGGAGAUGCGUCCCACAUCGCCUGGCCUCCCAAGCCGAAAGGCGACUUGCCUCGCGGUCUCGUGCUCCAUCUGGCCUGGCUCGAUGGAUGAUAAAAAGGGGUUGGUGCCCCUUUUCGGCACUGGUUUGCUGCUAGAGAGGAAUGGUUGUUAUCUGGCGGCUGUUCUCACCGAAUGUGUUCGGAGCCCGAGUCUUGACUCUCGAGGAAACGACCGUAUGGACCGAAAGUGAGCACAGCGCUUCGACACACGCGAUCUCCUGUAUCCACUCAAGUUUGGAGCAACUGUCGAUCGUUCUCCAUGUCUGUAAUGCGGUCGGUCCUCUUGAACUGCAGAUUGGAGUCGAGGUAACAGAGCUGUGCCCAUUGGCAGAGAUUCGCCACACAUCUUCGAAGCACAGAUGCAUCGACCUGUGGCGGCCGGAUCGCUCGGAGACUUUGUUUAACAUCCAUGACGAUGCAUAACUAGUCUUAGCUCGUCGACGACGAAAAUU